AUGUCGGGCGAAUUCAUCAUCAAGGAUCAGCCUGUCGAUGCCACAGAUUCCUUCACACUACCACCGGCAGCUAUGAGUCCCGCCAAACUAGACUCGAUCAGUCGACGUUCCUCUCGAUCGGAUCCAACCUAUGUGCCUGCGUCUCCUACUUCCCCGGAUCUCACAGCGAGAAAUAGAUCGUCGCAGCAAUCUCAAUCUCAAUCACAGACUCAGUCCCGAUCCGGGACGGCGACAAAGCGUCCAUUAGAAGAUUUUGAUCUCCCACCACCUCCAACUCGCACUCGCAAGAUCAUUCAGAUGAAACCUAAGACUCAGACACAAACGAAGUCACCUGCGAAGUCGAAGGAGAACAACAAGGCUGCACAAACAUCGUCUGAACCGGGAAACAAAGACGCUCCCGCUUCGAAGAAGAAACAGCCGAGUAGCACAAGUGCAGCUGGACGAAAGAUUGCUCGCAAAACAGCACAUAGCUUGAUUGAGCGCCGGAGACGAUCAAAGAUGAAUGAGGAAUUCGGUACAUUGAAGGAUAUGAUCCCCGCCUGUAGAGGGCAAGAAAUGCACAAACUUGCAAUUCUCCAGGCAAGCAUCGACUACGUCAAUUAUCUAGAACAAUGCAUCGGCGACCUCAAAACCGCAGGCACAACCCACACUGCCGGACCCCCCUCACCCACAUCCCCAGAAUUCAUGGCCGGGGUACAUGUAUCCGGUAAUGCCCCACGGGCUCCACAACGCCCACCCUCCUCCGUAUACUCCUAUUCUACCUCUGCAUCCCCGGAGCUCAUGCCCGGAAGUGGAAUUAUCUCAGAUACAUCGCCUUCUUUCUCCCCUAGAACUCGAAUGCCCUCUGUUCAUACACUGCCUGAUAUUGCAUCGGCGCUGCCGAGUCCAGCGUUGGGACCUAUGAAUCAGAAUAUGGAAAACCUGCACGAGCUUCAGGGUAUCGAUGCUGAGGCUUCUGCUGCUUUGCUUAUGCUUACGCGGGAUCGAAGAGGGACGGCGGAUUCUAUCAAUGAGCAUUUUGCGAAUGGCAUCUCACUUGCUCCUGCUCCUUCGAGGGAGAAAUCUGGUACCGAGGGUCCGAGAAGGAAUGGGAUGAGUGUUCGUGAUUUACUUAUUUCAUGA